CGUCCUUGUUUCUGACGUAGUGAACUAACAGGAAGGUAUCUGGGGCUGUGGGAAACCGGAUGAGUAGUCCCAGCUGGGAGAUCUCAGGCGCAGCUGACCCCCAUGGUCAAGGGUGGAAGCCUGGCUUAUCUCUCCACCUGCCCCUUUCCCUGACACUUUAUCAGGAAGAGUGGAAAGGUGCCACAGUUUGGAACUCCUGCCUCUCCCUCUCCAUGGGACUUGAUCCAGAUGUGAGGGGAACUGUCCCCAGGGACCCCUGUCAGUGUUUAAAAAGGCCUCAGACCUCAGUCUUGGCCUCAGCCUGACCUUCUCACCAUGCAGAGGCUGCUGAUUCUGAGUGUGCUGCUGGGAGCAGUCUUUGGCAAUGAGAACUUUGUGGGGCACCAGGUUCUCCGAAUCUCUGCAGCCGAUGAAGCCCAGGUGCAGACAGUGAAGGAGCUGGAGGACCUGGAGCAUUUGCAGUUGGACUUCUGGCGGGAUCCUGCCCGGGCUGGUAUCCCCAUUGAUGUCCGAGUACCCUUCCCCAGUGUCCAGUCUGUGAAAGCAUUCUUGGAAUAUCAUGAUAUUAGCUAUGAGAUCAUGAUUGAAGAUGUGCAGUCACUGCUCGAUGAAGAGAAGCAGCAGAUGUCCGCCUUCCAGGCCAGGGCCCUGUCCACCGACACAUUCAAUUAUGCCACCUAUCACACUCUGGAUGAGAUCUACGAAUUCAUGGACUUGCUGGUGACAGAGCACCCACAGCUUGUGAGCAAGAUUCAGAUCGGCAACACCUUUGAAGAUCGGCCCAUCUACGUGCUGAAGUUCAGCACUGGAGGGAACAAUCGCCCAGCAAUCUGGAUUGACACUGGCAUUCAUUCCAGGGAGUGGGUCACCCAGGCUAGUGGGAUCUGGUUUGCAAAAAAGAUCACAAAAGACUAUGGCCAGGACUCCACUCUCAAAGCCAUUCUUGACAACAUGGACAUCUUCCUGGAGAUUGUCACCAACCCUGAUGGUUUUGCCUACACCCACAAAACGAAUCGCAUGUGGCGCAAGACCCGAUCACGCACCCAGGGCUCUCUCUGCGUUGGGGUGGAUCCCAACAGGAACUGGGAUGCUGGCUUUGGGAAGGCUGGAGCUAGUAGCAACCCCUGCUCGGAAACUUACCAUGGCAAGUUUGCCAACUCUGAAGUGGAGGUCAAGUCCAUCGUGGACUUUGUGACGGACCAUAAGAAUAUCAAGGCAUUUAUCUCCAUCCACAGCUAUUCCCAGCUCCUGCUCUACCCCUAUGGCUACAAAUCAGAUCCAGCUCCUGACAAGGAAGAGCUGGAUCAGCUAGCUAAGUCUGCUGUGUCAGCCUUGACAUCUCUCCAUGGGACCAAGUUCAAGUAUGGCAGCAUCAUUGAUACAAUCUAUCAAGCCAGUGGGAGCACUAUUGACUGGACCUACAGCCAGGGCAUCAAGUAUUCUUUCACUUUUGAGCUGAGGGACACUGGGCUCAGAGGUUUCCUGCUGCCUGCCUCCCAGAUCAUCCCCACGGCGGAGGAGACAUGGCUGGCCCUUUUGAAGAUCAUGGACCACACCUACCAAAACCCCUACUGAAGCAGCCCUAUGUCCUGCCUCUUUCUUCUCCUUAGCUCCAAUAAAGUCUGAUUGUAUGAGAAA